AUGGGCUCGGGUCUCCGUCCGGGCCAUCAACACCGCUGUUUUGGAGGGCUCAAGCCACUGUUCUUGUAUGGGCAUAGAGCUAAAACACAGCCAUCAAUUUUACGUUUUGAUGCUGUGCUACUCACCGUUCAGUGCCUUCUCCGAUAUGUUUCGAGGAAGUUAACUAGAGCUGUGAAUAUAUUUAAGCAUAUGAGGAACAAUCGGAAAUUCGAUUGUAGGCCGUCUAUUAGGACGUAUAACAUUCUUUUCACCGCGAUGUUGAGUAGGGGAAAGGAUUCUUAUAUAAACCAUAUGUAUAUGGAGACUAUUAGGUGUUUGUUCAGGCAAAUGGUUGAUGACGGGAUCGAACCUGAUGUUUUCACGUUGAAUUCUAUGAUAAAAGGAUACGUGCUUUCACUUCAUGUCAAUGAUGCUCUUCGUGUGUUUCACCAGAUGGGUGUGGUUUACAAGUGCUUGCCUAAUGCUUUUUCCUAUGAUUAUUUGAUUUACGGGUUAUGUGCGCAAGGUAGAACGAAUAAUGCUAGGGAGUUGUGUGAUGAAAUGAAGAGAAACGGGUUUAUUCCUAGUGGUAAAUCGUAUAACUCCCUUGUGAAUGCUUUGGCAAUUGCUGGAGAGGUUGAAGAAGCGGUGCAUUAUCUGAGAGAGAUGAUUGAAAUGCGGAAGUCUGCUGAUUUGAUAACGUAUAGAACGAUUUUGGAUGAGAUUUGCAGAAGAGGAAGGGUUGAGGAAGCCAUGGGAUUGUUAAGAGAGUUGCAAAGUAAAGAUCUUGUCGAUGGACAUACUUAUCGGAAACUUCUUUAUGCAAUGGAGGAUAGCUAUGGGGAUUGAAAUGAAAGAAGCUGGAUCAGGUCUUUUCAUCUAUUUGAAGGGUCCUUGGAGGCUGAUGGGGAAUAUACGGUUGAGUCUGGAUAUCGGGUGCUGAAAUAAGGAGAACAAAAGGGGAGGUUUGUUCUACUUCCUGUGUCAUGAUAAAAAAAGUUUGGAAGUGGAUAUGUAUUGGUGCCUGCUAAAAUCAAGGUGUUUUUUAUGGAGAAUUCAUACUUAUAAUAUAGCAAGAAUUCGGAAUAUGUGGAGAAGGAAGCUAGUACAACGGCCAUUAUGCCAUUAUGCAUUGGUGCCUGCUAAGAUCAAGGUGUUUUUUAUGGAGAGUUGAUACUAAUAAUAUAGCAAGAAUUCGGAAUAUGUGGAGAAGGAAGCUAAACUUUUGCAGGAAGCUAAAGGAGGAACGAGAGGCUAGACAGUAAAGAGGUAGAGAAGGCUAAAUGGGAAAGGCCUAAGGCUACUUGGAUGAAAGUUAACUGCGAUGGAGCUGAUGGUGGGAAAGGGACGAAUAGGAGUUGUAAUUUGGAAUGAGAAUGUUGAAAUGAUUGUGCGACAUGGGACUGUGAGAAACAUAAAACUCAGCAGUUCAGGCUGAAGCUGCAGCUCCAAGAGAGGGUUUAGACUAUCUGAAAAGGAAAAAUUGAGGUUAGAUGUACAACGUGUGAAGCUAUUGAGUUUUGAAUUGUGAAGAGACAAGCAAAUAAAGCGGCACACCGGGUGGCCACCCAUGUGAGGAAGAGGAUGUGCUUGACAAAUUGGGUUGAAGCAUCCCGUCUUCAUUUUUGGUACCUAGGUAAUUGAGGUCUGAUAGCAAGGGAUCCUCUUUGCUAUGCUAGGUGGAAUAUUCUUUUGACCGGAAAAAAGGGGUCAUAUUUUCGUACUCAUAUCCCCAAUAUGCAUCAGACACGACUAUCAGACACAGGUAUUUCAAGUAAAAUGAAGAGUCGGAGCAACAUAGGCCAUAGUUAUUUAAUAGAUAACAUUUGUUGGCUGAAAAAUAUGGCAACCUGUAUCGUUUGAUUACAAUAAAGUACAACAUACCAAAUAAACAUAAUAUUUCUACUCCCUUUAAAUUUUCUUGUAGCUGUAGUUCAGUGUAUUUUCUUCUCAUUGGUACAUCAUCAUGGUAGAAUAUACCAGUGAAUUUACGAGAUAGGUUCCAUGGACCAGAGCUAUGUUACUCAGACUUGAAUGUUAGUGUUGGAUAUGAA